AGUUAUUUCUUUUAUUAACCACCGAACACCGCUAAACGAGGUCAGUAGCGGUUCGGUUUGUAGAAGAAGAAUUGGGGAUUGUGCGGGAAGCAAGAGGGUAAAGAUGGGUUGGGUGUGGAAGGACGAUGAUGAAUCCGGCGAUUCCCCAAACGGCGAUAUCGAAGCCUCUUCGAACCCUAGUAGUUAUAAAGACCGAUGCUCUACCAGAAAGAUUCUCAAAUCGCACUGUAAAACCGAAGAGGUGGAGCCUGGAAAAUUCCUCAGAAAGUGCGAGAAAACCGAGCAGAUCCUCAAGGACUGCUUUGGAAGGCCCUCUGAGGUGGUGCAAUCUAACAAAGAAUACACUGAAGAAGAUGUCACAGAUCAGGUGCUUAAAGGGUCUUUACCCUUGGAGUCAUCAGACCUUGGACCCUUUGACUUUCCUGGGCUACGCACUGAUAUUGAAGCCAUGGAACGUAGAUUCUUUGGUGGUCUCGAUCGUUUCUUUGAAGCAGCUGAAGAUGUGAAGAAUGGCUUCUUUUCUAAAUUUGGGGCUCCACACCAAAAUGAUAGGAAUUCUUCGUCGUCGUCAUCCUCAAGGCGGAGUAUACCAGUUGAAGACCAUCCUCCAAAAGAAACCUCUCCUAAAUUGAGCAAUCCCAAGCCUGGACAUGUAGAUCUUUCUGAGUUGGCCAGAGAUUUAUGAAGCAAAACCCCUUUUGAUCGUUACACUGAAGCAAAGCCCCUCUGACUGUUUCAUAAAUAAGUUGGCUUUGAUGCUAGUCCAUGAUUUUGGUUCCAGUUGUCUCUCACACGAUGUAAGUUGGAUGUUGACGUGUUGGAAUGUCGGGUCUAUUAGAAUGCAACCUAAUUCUUCAAUGCGUGACCAAUGCUUGGAAUUCCAUCUCCUUUAUUUAUUUAUUUUUCUUUUUCUUUUCCUUAGUUGGAGCUCAAGAACCAUGUGACUCUAAUGUGAGUUUGGUUGAACCAGAGGAAGUUUGUAUCAUUCCAACUGCAUUAGCUAGGCAUCCCAGGUUCUUUAAACAAUGCAAUUAGCUUCUCAUAUGGAGAGGUGAAAGGCAAUGUUAGGAAAUUGGGACCAUCUUUUUCCAGUGUGGAUGAAUAUCGUCUCAUUUGAUGGCUAAAUAAUUGUUUCCAA